AUGAAACGUUUAUUUUACGUCAAUUUUAUUUUAUUAAUUUUGUUUAAUUUGUGCAUCUGCAACCGCACUAAAAGGCAAGGAUUUGUGGAUUUAACGCAAAUAUCAAGCUGUCAAACCCCUUUGGGUGAAACCGGGGUUUGUUUACCAAUAAAACAAUGUUCAUCCCUCGUUAAUCUUCUCAUAAAGCAAAGGCACAGACCGGAAGUUGUUAAUUAUUUACGAUCCGCCGUUUGCGGUUACGAUAAUUUAGAACCGAAAGUUUGCUGUUCGGAAUUGCCAGAUCCAUCAGGUUUGGUUAAAACCGCGACACCACCAACGGUUAAGACGACGACAGCGGCAGCAACAACACCGAAUAAAAAAAUCAUAGUUAAAGAUGGAAAUUUUAAAAUACCUGAACCUGGAGAAUGUGGUGUUAGUACACAAUUUAACGUUAGAGUCGUCGGAGGAACUAAUGCGUCUUUGGGUGCCUGGCCUUGGGUUGUUGCUUUGGGUUACAGAUCGUCAAAAAAUCCAAGAGUUCCAGCAUAUUUAUGCGGGGGAUCAUUAAUAACCGACAGACACAUAAUGACAGCAGCCCAUUGCGUUUACAAUAGAAAAAAUUUGUACACGGUACGUUUGGGUGAUUUGAAUUUAUUCAGCGAUAACGAUGGUGCCUCGCCGAUCGAUAUACCCAUCGCAGACAGGAUCGUACACGAGGGAUACAAUCCAACGACAUUCGUCAACGACAUUGCCAUUUUACUAUUGGAAAGACCCGUAAAAUACACGAGACUCAUAAGGCCCGUUUGCCUACCACUCGAACCUGAAUUUCGUUCAAAGGAUUACGUUAAUAGAAAACCUUUUAUCGCCGGAUGGGGAACCAUAUCAUUCAAUGGACCAUCUAGUGAUGUUCUUCAACAACUUCAAGUUCCGGUCGUGUCCGAAAAUGAAUGCAAAAGAGCUUUUGAACCUUUUAAAACGGCCGGUGAUUCUGGGGGUCCGUUAAUGGAUUACGAAUUUAAAAAUAAACUCGGAGUUUUCUAUCAAAUAGGCGUCGUGUCUUACGGAUAUAAAUGUGCCGAACCUGGUUUUCCAGGAGUUUAUACGAGAGUUUCAAAUUUUGCCGACUGGAUAAUUGAAAAUUUAAAUUAG